AUGUCAGCUACUAGAGCCAACAAAGACAUUUUCACGCUAUUUGACAAGAAGGGCCAAGGCGCCAUCGCCAAGGAUUCUUUAGGAGACUACUUGAGGGCAAUUGGCUACAACCCCACCAACCAGCUCGUACAGGACAUUCUGAACGCAGAUUCCAGCUUGAGGGAUUCCUCCACCUUGACACUAGACCAGAUUACAGGUCUAAUUGAAGUCAACGAAAAGGAAUUGGAUGCAACCACCAGGGCAAAGACAGAAGACUUCGUCAAGGCAUUCCAGGUUUUCGACAAGGAAAGUACAGGCAAGGUAUCUGUUGGUGACUUGAGGUACAUGCUAACCGGCUUAGGUGAAAAGUUGACUGAUGCUGAAGUGGACGAGCUGUUGAAGGGUGUCGAAGUGGACGGCAAUGGGGAGAUUGACUACAAGAAGUUCAUCGAAGAUGUUUUGAGGCAAUGA